AUGGUAGCCCAUUCCAGAAUUCUUCUCUCUAAGUGUUCCGAGUUCCGUAAAGAAGGUGAACUUAUCGAAGUACGUUUGAAAAUAGGUGAUACGCUUUUCCCAGCUCACCGAGUUGUACUCGCUUCGUACAGUGAUUAUUUCCACUCCAUACUUACUGAUGGGAAGGAAGCAAACCAGGAAGUGAUGCAUCACAUCAUGCCUUCUCAUGAGUUUGCCGCUGAGAAAGUUAAACCUCGAUCAAUGAGUCCGCGACAAGGUACUCGUUGCCAUUCACCCUACGUACUGUAUACAGCUUCCCGAUGCCGUUCAGGACGAAGACGUCUUCAGUGUGUAUGCUUUUUGGGGCUUCCACCAGCGCCGCAGUGUAUGGCUCAUUACUUUGAUGUCGAAGCGAAGCCGCUAUGGAAACCUUUGCCAUCUGUAGCACAAUUACGUGAGAAAACUACCUCUUGCUUAUGUGCUGAACGCAGUGGAAACUACUUAUUUGUAGCUGGACAAAAGCAGAAAAAUGAGGAUAUAAAAGGCUUAUUAUUAGGUGAAAUAAACCAGGAAAGUGAUAAUGUUAUACAUCGAUAUGAUGUGGUAAAUAACUCAUGGGUUAAACUACCAAAUUACGGAAAAAACCACGAAAUUGACAGCUUGUGUUCUAUCGGUGACUAUAUUUACGCUAUUAGUGAAUCAAAUCCCCCUCAAAGGUACAGUUUGACAGAUAACAGUUCGCAAGGGGGAGAGGGGUUGAAUUUCAUUAGACCGGUAGGUAGAGGAGAGCCACAAAGGAGGGAAGAGUUAAGUACUGUUUCAGCGGCAGUAAUGAGCUCUAGAGUAUAUGUAAUUCAUGGUUAUAGAAAAAUCGAAAAAGAUCGCCAAAACCACGAAUCGUGGGUCGAUAAACCAGCUGUGGUACACUGUUUCGACCCAAAUUACAAUGUGUGGACAAAAAUUGCGUCAACCUGCCUUCCUCAUUUUGAAUCCAGUCUUUUUGUUGUCAAUGACAGAAUUUGUGUGGCAGGGGGAAAGAUUUGUAAGGGUCGUGGCGACCCUGCGCCUGUGGAAGUGUAUCAUGAAGGUACUAACACCUGGUCCGUAGUGCCUCAGAAACAUAUUCCCCCAAACGACUUGGGCGCAGUGGAAAUAGAGGGGAGGGUGUAUUUCAUAAUCAAUAAAUUUCCAGUCGACAGUGGGAUAAGAAUUCCACCUGAGGAAAUGUUUCAAGUUGACCUAGGUGGUUGGGAAGGUCUAGAUAAAGUCAGCUCAGAAUGA